AUGAACUCUGAAAUCACCCCUGCAAGCACCGUAGUGCCAACAGAAAGUGCAACCACGUCAGCCAUUGCACAAACAGCUGCAGAGCCAUGGACAGCACCGGCUAUAUUCUAUCCAUUUCGCUCAGCAGCAGGAGACACAGAACAUUUUCUUACAGGCGAUGAAAGCUAUGAAUCUGUUGCCUUAUCCACUCCAUAUACAUUCUUUGGCCGCACAUACAACAGCUUACAUGUUCAUUAUAACGGACUCCUUACGUUCAACCAACCUGAACCAGCAUCUGGACCUAACUAUAAUCCCACCAGAGGAACUGAAGACUUCAUUGCUCCGUUCUGGAGUGACCUUGAUGACAUUGGUUGGAUGGGCAUGUUCUCGUAUCAGGAGUACACAAAUGGAAGUGUUCUCACUCGUGCCACUCAGGAUAUAAACCAGUAUUUCCCUCAGAUGAACUUCACUGCUUCUUGGGUGUUUGUCGUCACUUGGGACUAUGUUGAAACGACGGAUAUGAAUUCAUUUAUUCGUCACUCAGCACAGGCAAUCACGUUUCAAACGGUUUUAAUUUCAGAUGGAAAUCUUUCUUUCUUUCUGAUAAAUUACGGUGACUGCGCUGUGAUUUAUGAUCAAGUGGAGGCUGGGUACGACACUAUAAACUCCAUAAACCACUUUGUAAUUCCCGAUUCAAUUAAUGGCAACUACCAAAACCUGAAGAACACGAGUAAUGUAAACGUUCCUGGUCGCUGGGCUUUCACUGCAAACAGUGUGCUAGAAAGCAUCAUCGGAGUUCAAAUGAGACUUACAUCAUUUUCAGACCUAACACAGAGUGAAAACAUUGAGGCUGUUUUGCUGAAACCCUAA